AUGCUUAUAGCUCGGCAUGAGGGCAAGUUGCUCCAGGCUAGAUCCCCGGACGGUUCGGUAGACGACAUUAAUGGCGUUUCGGGGGACUCCAGUGAACCUGAUAGCCUCUCACCCGAGAAGCAAGCCAUCAUCGGGGCCGUCGUAGGAGGGGUCGCUGUUAUUGCGAUCACGGCAGGGAUCCUCUUCUUCCUUAUCAAGAAGCACAGGUGGGAUCAAAUCCGACAACGUGAAAAAGCCUUGCUGGCCCUUCACGCUCCUCCACCGGCAUACGAUAGCAGCGACACAAGCAAUAGCUCGAGGUCUUCACGAAAACCCUCUCCUUCUCCUCUCCUUCCUCCUGUUCCUGUUCCUACUCCUGCGCGCCCAGCGUCUCUAUCCGUUCCAUCUUCGUAUCAAUGUCACACCAGCAGAGACAUAGAAGAGCAACCACCGGCGUACGACGCCCCGUCAAUACCAGUAUACGACCCCUCGAGAUAUCAGCAACGGCAACAACAACCGUUCCGUCCUACCUCGACCCCCACGAUAAACAGCGGUCACCUGCACUAUUUGUCCGGCGACACCAUGUACGGACAGAGGUCUUCACAGCUAAUAGUACCGUUUCAAGGUCAUCGACAUACCAUUCAAAGUGUGCCAGCAUCGCACAUCGGGGGUCAAUGGUCUGGGACUAGAGUGACAGCGUCGAAUCCUUCGUCUGCUCCAGUUGGUAGUAAUGGGACAAGGCCUCCUCGAAAGCCAAAGCCAGUGCUGUCGAGGUUGAUAACGAAUUUUGGGUAG